UUAAGAUUUGAAACGCUACAGCUACAUGCAGGACAAGAGAUUGACCCAGUAACUCAAUCUAGAGCGGUGCCUAUUUAUCAAACCACCGCUUACCAAUUUAAAAACUCAGAGCACGGAGCCAACCUUUUUGCUUUGAAAGAAUUCGGGAACAUUUACACCCGAAUCAUGAAUCCAACUAACGAUGUUUUUGAAAAACGUCUUGCGGCACUGGAAGGUGGUGUGGUUGCUUUGGCCAUUAGUUCGGGCCAUGCAGCACAAUUUAUUGCUAUCAAUAAUGUGACAACGGUUGGCGAUAACUUCGUUACAAGUUCAUUUUUGUAUGGAGGUACUUUCAACCAGUUUAAAAAUUCAUUCAAAAACAUCGGUGUUGAGGCAAGAUUUGCAAAAGGCAACGAUUUGGCGAGUUUUGAGGCUUUGAUUGAUGAAAAAACGAAGUUGCUUUAUGUAGAAACCAUCGGAAAUCCUGGUCUAAAUAUUCCUGAUUUUGAAGGAUUUGUAGCUUUGGCAAAGAAAUACGACUUGCCACUUUUUGUUGAUAAUACUUUUGGAGCGGGCGGGGCUAUUUGUCAGCCACUAAAGCACGGAGCACACGUGAUAGUUGAGUCAGCCACCAAAUGGAUUGGCGGACAUGGAACUACGAUGGGUGGUGUAAUUGUAGAUGGCGGAACUUUUAAUUGGGGAAAUGGGAAAUAUCCGCAGUUUACUGCACCUUCACCAAGUUAUAAUGGUUUGGUAUUGAAUGAUGUUUUUGGUAUUUGUGGACCUUUCGGAAAUAUCCAGUUUAUUAUCCGUUGUAGAGUAGAAGGUUUAAGAGAUUGGGGUCCUGCACAAUCUCCUUUCAAUUCGUUUUUGCUUUUGCAAGGUUUAGAAACCCUUACUCUGAGGGUUGAGAGAACUUGUGAAAAUGCACUUGCUCUUGCAAAAUGGCUUGAAGCUCAUUCUGAGGUAGAAUCAGUAACUUAUCCAGGAUUAUCCAAUCAUGCUUCGCAUGAGGUGGCAAAAAAAUAUUUGACUCGUGGGUUUGGAGGUAUUUUGUCUUUCAAAUUAAAAGGAGGACGCGACAGAGCCGAGAAAUUUGUAAAUAGUGAUGCCAAAACUUUGAUAAUUCAUCCAGCUUCUACUACGCAUUCGCAACUUUCAGAGGCUGAGCAAUUAACAGCUGGUGUUGAUCCAAAUCUGUUAAGAAUUUCGCUUGGAAUUGAGCAUAUUGAAGAUAUAAAAGCAGACAUAACACAAGCUUUAGCA